AUGUCGAAUCAAAUGGGUUUUGCUCCACCUCCGAGACAGACCUUGGAUCGCAGCUUCGUGGAGACCAUUCAACAGCUCUUGGGCACGGACAACGCUCUGAGAAAUGCAGCAGAAACGCGAUACGACACGGCAAAGAGGAACGAGCCAGUUACAGUUGUAGCAUCGUUAGUCGCGGUCCUGCAGCACUCAGAACUUGAAGUAGCUGUGCGUGAGCAAAGCGCCGUGCUGCUGAGGCAGUGCUGCAGCAAGGUCAAAGAUACCGAUUCUACGUGGCAAAAACUCGGUGCAAAUCAGGAGGAUGUCAAAGAGAAGCUUUUGCAGUUGCUGGAGGCGGAGCCUGCGACACAAGUGCGGAAGAAGGUUUCAGACUGCAUCCAAAGCCUGGGGAACCAGAUCAUCAACGUCGAAGAGAACCAGCGUCCGCAAAACAUUCAGGAGUGGCCUACACUGAUGCCUAGCCUUUUCCGCAUAAUCUGCGACAAGAGCAAGGACAGCAGCCUCCGAGCAGACUGCCUCUGGAUAGUGAAGGAGCUAGUUCUCUCCGUCUGGCAAAUGCUCGUCGCCAACACUACUCAAAGUGGCCAGGUGCUGCACACGUGCUUAGAAGAUUCCGCUGAUCCUGUUCGUGCGGAAGCUGCCGCGCUUGUCACUUCGCUCGUAGACAGCAUCGAGAAAAAAGAGGAGCGCAAGCCAUUCCAGCCUCUCAUACCGGAGGUGAGCCGAGUAACAGCGCAGCUAGCAUCCAGCGCAGAUGCCAAGCAUUUGAACACGGUACUGCUAUCGUUUCAAGCGACGGAGACUGCAGACUUCUACAAGCAGCAUAUCGCGUCACAUCUGAUGCCAGUGCUCUGCGGUAUUGCGAAGUCACACCAAGACAACUCGUCUCGGAAGUAUGCGUUCGAGGUAAUUAUCACCUUCAUGGAGAGCAAGCCGAAAAUGAUGGUGAAGAUCCCGCACUACAUUGAGCAGGCGCUGGACCUCUGCAUGCACUUCAUGAUGCAGCUGAACGAUGACGUAAGCACAUGGAUGCAGGAGGACGACGAGACCGGAGAAGAUGAUGAAGAGGCCUUUACCUUCGGUAAGGAGGCCGUCGACCGGCUCAGCCGCUGUGCCGCCAAGGUAGAUGCAUUCCUGCCAAUGCUCGAAGCCUUGAAGCAGGCUGUGGCGAAGUUGUUCCAGACAGGUGACUGGAAGCAGGUUGUCGCUGGCAUUUCCACCCUCACGAUGAUUGCGGAAUAUGUGGAUGAUGAGGCCACUGUGGCCCAGAUGCUGCAGGGCAUUAAGAUGCAGCUUGCCGCGACCCAUGCGGAGAAGACGCGCAACAUAAACAUUGGCAAUAUUUUGGCCCAAGCGACGGAUACGAACAGCCACGGAUGGUCCAAGUCUGGAUUGCUUACGCGCUGCCUCUGCAUCGGCAGUCUGUCUUUGUUGCUUCAGCUGGGCUUGGAGAUGACGCAGGAGGCCUUCUGCGCAGGAGCCAUCUCAGCACCCCUGCGAUCUUCAAUCGCAAUGUCAGCGCAGGAGGCGGCCCAAAGCGACCCGGAGUCGGAACUGCGGCAGAAGCUGACGCAGCUCCUAGGAAGAAAGCCGACAAACAGAGAUCUCAUCUGGCGGUAUGAAGCAUCGAUUGAGCUGCCUUGCUUGAAGAACUUCUCAACGAGCCUAGAGGGCCAGGUGAAGAAAUCUGGCAGUAGCCUCAAAGAUUGCAAGAGGAAGGUGUCCUCCGCCGUUUUGGCAGCUCUGGACUUUGAAAAGCUGAGCGCUGAAACAUCGAACAAGAAGGCCAAGAAGGCACCAGGAGAAUCCAAGUUUCAAGUCGGUGACGAAGUGGAAGGAACAGUGACUGGGAGGUUUGAGAAAGGACUGGUUCUGCGGAUUGAUGGAAUCAAGGCCGUCCUGCCUGUCAGCGAGAUCUGCGAUGGUUUUCCGGCAGAUGUCCCAGCAAAGAACUCCACAAUGAAAGUUCGGGUGCUGCAAACCAACAACACCUUAAAAAUCACAUGUCGUGACAUCGGCGACAGGCCAAGUUAUGAAGGGCUAAAGGUCGACCGCUCCAUCACGGACAAGCUAGCGAUCUCUGAGAAGGUGGACGCCGAGGUUAUUGGCUUUGACUUCCAGAAAGCCUACCUGAGAGUUGUGAGUCCUUCUGAUCCCAGCAAGGCGACAAUUGCAGAUCUGGCGCGCAAAGACUUUGCAGAAGGUGCAGAGAAGGAACUUCGGAUUGGCAGCAAAAUUCAGGUCCGGCGGAAGUAUGCAGCACGGACUCGGCGAGCUGUCGUAAGCAUGCGCGAUCCGAGCAGACGGCCAGAAGACAUCAGUGUGGGGGACACGCUGCCAGGGACCGUGGACAGCAUACUUCGCGGUCCGAGACCCGGAAUCUUCCUGGACGUGGGGGUUGACCGGCCUGCUUACAUGGACUGGCAGGAGUGUGGGGACGGCCACGAUCGAAAAGCGUUCGAAAAGCUGAGAGUCGGCAGGAACACUUCCGUUCGUGUGCUCAAGGUGGACGGCGAGCGGAUUUAUGUUACCAGGCGAUCUGGAGACCUGUAUCGUCUAACCUUGGACGGUGGAAAAUUAUCGAGAAACACCCCUGAGCUUAUGUCUAAAUUUAUGUCAAUCGGUUCGGACCGCGAUCUUGACGGCGAAGUGUUUCGCCUUUAUCCAACACAUGCCGUGAUAGCAGUCAAGUCACCGGAUGGUGAUGUGGCCGAUGGGUUCUUGGGAAGAUCUGAUUUCAGUGAAUCCUUUAGGCAAGAGGCUGCUCCGGGACUGGCCGUGAAAGUGCGCACACGGCCUGGACAGAAUGUGACGGGGGCGCACGUCAUGUUGACAAUGCUAGAUGCAGCCGUGAGCGGCAACGAGAAGCAGGAUGACACGGAGCCGGCAGAUGUGGUGCCUGAGACAGAGACUGAAAGUGAGCCGGCGGAUUCAGCGGAGGCCGCGCCGAGUGAGACACCGGCUAUCGGUCACAAAGCUUGGUGUGUGCAGCCUGUGUGCUACCACUAUGUGAUAGCACUUCGGCAAUUCACGUUUGAAGACGCAUCUUGUCGCGAUGACACGGGUGUUCGACAUGAAGUGGGUAGGCGCGUUCGCUACACGGCCUGGGGUGCAAUUGCACAGUUUUCAGAGGAUCACACAGAUGUGCUCAACUCAGAGGCUUGGACAUCGCAGCUGCUCCCAGAAUUCUUAAAAGGCCUUGACGACACUUGCGAGCGAGUGUGCCUUCGCUGCAUGGAGGCCUUCCAGCACUUUGGUGAGUCUGUCGAGCGUGAGGACCUGGAGCCUUUCGUCCAGCCCAUGAUGGAGAAGCUUGGCUCCAAACUGCAAGGCAACGUGAAAAGACAGAAGAAGGCGAUUACGUUCAUUGCAGUCAUUGCUGGACAGGUCGACGAUGCCUUUGCUCCAUACUACGGACAUCUCAUGCCUUUGUUGAAGCAGGUGAUUGAGAGCACUUUGCACAAGACAGAGGAGCGGCAGCUUUUGGGCAAAUGCUUUGAAUGCAUUUCCCUCCUGGCACGAGUCUGUGCCCCAGAUGUCGAAUCGGUCUUUAUCUUGGUGCUCGAGCGCGCUGCAUAUAUACAUAUAUAUAUAUACACAUGUGUAAGUAAUGUAUAUACUGCAUACACAUACAGCAACUUAUAUGUGUAUAUUUUUUUAUUCGUUUGGCCUGAAGCGUGGUGCACUCGGGGAGUGGCUUUCACUCCCAACUCACCGUCACAAGAUGCCCACUCGUCGGUAGGCCCCAUGUGGCAGCAUGUUGAAAGGCUAAGGUGCGCACACAAACGACAAAAAAUUCAAGCUCAGCAGCGCGAAUGA